AUUUUGCCCGAGCGAAAAAUAAUUCCUGUGCCGCUGCUGCCCGUGUUGGUCUUCAAAAAUCGAAUUUCGCACACCACAAAGGAAGGCAAUCGAGUGACAGACAAACGAAACAUUUCGAUCCCAUCGAUUCUGGCCAAAUUUAGUGCGUGAAAAUGUCUUCAAAACUGAUAUCAUCGUCGUUCCACAGUUCGCCCCUCAGCGACUGCUUCAAAGUGGGCGAGUUCGAGAGACGUUUGGAUGCUCUCCUAGCUGAUCUGCAAAACAGUGUGCCAGGUCAACCUCAACCACCUCAAUCGCAAUAUGGAACUGUCCAGCCCAAGCAGACGCCUCUGCAUCAGCAGCAGCAUCAACAGCAGCAACAACAGCAGCAGUUUGUGGACAAUACUCCAGGUUAUGGCAGUCUCAGGGGCAAGGCCCAGCCUCAGGUGUUCCAAGAUCACUACACCGUAGAAACACGCUCUCCAACGGCAACGGGUGACUUCAAUGGCUCCUCUGCUGCUCCCGGCUAUGCCAACCAGGGAUCCCUGCCAAGACAGGCGGCACCUGGAAGCUCCGGACUGUCAGAGUUGGACUCACUGCUUCAGGAUCUGCAAAAUGCCCGAUACAAUGGGGCUGAAAAGAAGGAUAUUGAUGUUCCGGUUAACUAUAGCACGCCAGUCUCGAAAUACAAUACAUACAACAGCUAUGCCACCGUGGAGGAGCGUCCCACCAUGGACAGCCUGCUGAACGAAUUGGACAAUGCUCACAUUUAUGCCGUGCCCAAUGGAUCUGCGCACAAAUCACCAACGCCCGGCCAUGUCACCAUCACUGUGCGCGAAACCAAGACGGAGAAGCUGACGGGUCCCGAUGGACCAGUUGGAACGGUGGAGGAGCAGAUCGUGCCAAAAGAUUCAUAUACACCCAACCAUGCGGUGCCCGGUCAACAGGUUGUUCAUCAGGCAUACACGUCACAGGCCACCAAGGAACUCGAUGACCUAAUGGCUUCACUAUCUGAUUUUAAGGUCAGCAACGGAAUCAACGGUGUAGGAAUCGGAAUCGGAAACGGAAACGGAAGCCAUCCGCAGCAGCACUCGUCGACGUUGCAACAUCAAACGGUCACCGACUACGCCAGACCGAACAAGGGCAGCCAGCAGGCCCAUUUAACCCAGACGAUCGAGGAGACGACCAUCGUCGAGGACAGUCGCGAGGAUCAGUUGGAUUCUAUGCUAGGCAAUUUACAAGCCAAUAUGAGUCGCCAAGGAGUCAAUACCGUACAAGGGUGCUGCAAUGCCUGCGAGAAGCCGAUCGUUGGCCAGGUGAUCACCGCCCUGGGCAAGACCUGGCAUCCGGAGCACUUUACGUGCAAUCACUGCAGUCAGGAGCUGGGCACCCGCAACUUCUUCGAGCGCGAUGGCUUCCCAUAUUGCGAGCCGGAUUACCAUAAUCUCUUUAGCCCGCGUUGCGCCUACUGCAACGGCGCCAUUCUGGACAAGUGCGUCACUGCGCUGGACAAGACCUGGCACACGGAGCACUUCUUCUGCGCCCAGUGCGGCCAGCAGUUUGGCGAGGAUGGUUUCCAUGAGCGUGAUGGCAAGCCAUAUUGCCGCAACGAUUACUUUGAGAUGUUUGCCCCGAAAUGCAAUGGCUGCAACAGGGCCAUCAUGGAGAACUAUAUCUCUGCACUGAACUCGCAGUGGCAUCCGGAUUGCUUCGUCUGCAGGGACUGCCGACAGCCCUUCCAGGGCGGCUCCUUCUUCGACCACGAGGGAUUGCCUUAUUGUGAGACGCACUACCAUGCCAAGCGUGGAUCCCUGUGUGCCGGCUGCUCCAAGCCGAUCACUGGACGGUGCAUUACGGCCAUGUUUAAGAAAUUCCAUCCGGAACACUUUGUCUGCGCCUUCUGCCUCAAGCAGCUGAACAAGGGAACCUAAGAGCAAAAGGAUAAGCCAUACUGCCACGUCUGCUUUGACAAGAUAUUCGGAUGAAGAUAAUUCGCAGCUGCCAAACCCUAGUUACGGAUAUAAAUAUUGUUUUUUAUACGAUUUACGAACCCU